AAAACAAAACCGCCGCAUCGUCAACAUGGAAGUUGAAACAGCACGUCAAAAUGGCUAUGCCAGUGCUGAGUCACGUGAAAGCUCCGUAGAACGUGAGCUAAACGGUGACAUUAAGGCAGUCGAAAUUAAUGGCGGCACUGCUGGCGGCGGUCAUUCUCCCAAAGGCCAAAAUGGUAUCAUUAAAAAACCUCACAAUGUCUCGGCCGAUUCGCAUGAUCAACGCAUCAAGCGCAAGGCUAAACGCCUCAUUCAGCGACAAAAUAGUCGCGGUGAAAGCAACAAUGGCGGUGCCAUUGGUGGUAUACCCAUUGUUAUAAAUGGCAGUGCCAAAGAUUAUGUUGUACCUCAGCGACGCUGGAAGAAUAGUCGUCGUUCCCGUUCGGGCUAUGGUCGUGGCCUGCCCAAAAAGGGUGGUGCCGGCGGCAAGGGUGUAUGGGGCCUACCCGGUUCCGAGGCACUCGAAGAACUGUACGAAGAUGAAAACGAUCCCAACUACGAUAGUGAAUCGAACGAUCAAAAUGUUGUAUUAACUGAAGUCAUUCCGGAGCUAACUCCCGAAGAGUUUUUCAAAUUGGCUGAGCCCAUUGUUUUGGAAUACUACGAACAUGGUGAUACCCAUGAGGUGGCUGUUAAUUUCGAUGAAAUAUUAACGGGUAAUUUGCGUCCAUAUGUUACGAGUGUGAUUGUGGAGAUUGCGUUGGAUCACAAGGAUUCGCAACGUGAAAUGACAUCGGUAUUGAUAUCCGAUUUAUAUGGUCGUGUUAUAACGGCCAAAGAUAUUGAAAAAGGUUUCGAAAUAUUAUUGGCAAAUUUGCCGGAUUUAACAUUGGAUACACCAGAUGCACCAAAUUUAUUAGGCAACUUCUUAGCUCGUGCCGUUGCCGAUGAUUGUCUGCCUCCGAAAUUUGUUACUAAACCAUCUGAGCAUGGUGAACUCAAUGAUCAUGCCAUGACGGCAAUCCGUCGUGCCGAUACUCUACUGCACAUGAAACAGGGUUGGGCCCAUUUGGAUAACGUAUGGGGUAUGGGUGGUCCAUUGCGACCCGUCAAGACCAUAACAAAACAAAUGACAUUGCUGCUGAAGGAGUAUUUAUCGUCGCGUGACAUACAAGAGGCGCAUCAUUGUCUACGCGCCCUCGAGGUUCCACAUUUCCAUCAUGAGCUUGUCUAUGAAGCUGUCGUCAUGACAUUGGAAUCAUUGUCACAGACCACCGAGGAGGCAAUGUGUGAAUUGUUGGCAUCAUUGGAUAAAGCUUGUUUGGUACUUCCAGCUGGCAUGGAACAGGGUUUCCUACGAGUUUUUGAUGAUAUGGCUGACAUUGUCUUGGAUGUGCCACUUGCUUAUAUAAUAUUAGAUCGUUUUGUGGAACGUUGCAAUCGUGCUGGUUUUAUAACUGAUAAGAUAUUAAAUAAUAUGCCCUCUAGAGGACGUAAACGUUUUGUCUCCGAAGGAGACGGUGGCCACGUUAAGCCACCAACUCUUCCAUUGCGUGACUAAAAAUCCGUGUUUUUCCAUUUCUCU